AUGGAAAGGAUCGCUCUUGGGAAACAACUUAACAUGUACUAUUUGAUUGUGCGUCAAGAUGAAAGAUUUGCCAAUUUGAGUGGUAUUGCCGAGCUCGCUAGACUGCUAGUGGAAACAAAAAAGCAUCAAACUUAUCCUCUAGUCUAUCGGUUAUUGAAGUUGGCCUUGGUUUUGCCAGUUGCUACUGCAACAGUCGAAAUAUGUUUUUCUGCUAUGAAGAUUGUGAAGUCAGAUUUGCGCAACAAAAUCGGUGAUGAAUUUUUGAAUGCUGCAAUGAUAUGUACUAUAGAAAAAGAAGCACUUCUCGCAGUUUCAAAUGAUGAUCUGGCGCUUAUUGCAAGUCAUGCAGCAAUGGACCCUGAAGCUUACUUCAAGUCUUUGUUACCAAACACUCCAAUUCCAAAAGGGAUCAAAGAUUCUCUGCAAAAUGGUAUCUCCCAACACUCAAACCAGAAGGGAAGAACUUCAUAUGUGAUGGGGAAGCCAAAAGAAAGUUUCCCCGGAUACGAUGAUGCGGUUUCGGAUGAACAACUUAUCGGUUUGAAAACGUCCAAACUUUUCUUCGUGGAAAAGGAGAUGCGUCCCGGCAAAAAGAUCAAGUUGCACCUCAGCAAAGACACGACUACACCCCCUGCAUUCGUAUCUCGCCAAGUUGCGAAUUUGUCGCCCCUUCGAUCAACCAGAUUGGACAACAUCUUUGAAGCAUUCUCAGUCCACCCCGGCUCCGUUGAAGCCAAACUAAUAAAGCAAACAGUCGUCAAGUGCGAGAAGGCUCGCGACCAGCGACAGGACCAAUACUGCGCGACUUCCUUGGAGUCGAUGGUGGAUUACGCCACUUCAAAGUUAGGGAAACGAGUGAAGCCGAUCUCGACACGGGUAAACGGUAAGGAGAGCACAGCAUUGCAAGAGUACAGAGUCGAAGGUGUGAAGAAAUUGGCAGCUGACAACGUUGUUGUCUGCCACCAAGAAUACUAUGCAUAUGCUGUCCACUAUUGCCAUAAGUCAUCGAAGAUCAACGCAUACGAGGUUUCGUUGGUCGGAGACAACAACAUGAGAGGCGAUGCGAUAUCGAUUUGCCACGAAGAUACUGCUUCGUGGAACCCGAAACAUGUAGCAUUUCAAGUCCUCAGUGUAAAACCAGGAACAGUGUCUGUAUGUCAUUUUCUUGUUGAAGAUGAGGUGGCUUGGGUUGCAUACUAG